CAACCCCUUCAAUCUCUUGCUGCAAUCUUGCAAUCGCGCCCGUCCGCUUGCUGGUGAAGCCACUGCAACCGGCCACACAGCCUCCCACGCCUCCUUUCCCGUACAGUAAUUAAUUACACGCGCGCGUACCCGUCGGCCGCUCAUAUUGCGACGCCGCCCACCUGCCAUGGCAGCACCGAUCAAGGAAGGCUCUCCCGACACCACCGCGCUCCCACAACCCGCUGUACAACCCAGCAACGGCGACGCGCAGAACGGACCUCGCCGCACCAGCUUCAACUUCCUGCGCCGCAAGAGCUCCAGCGAGAACCGUGGCCGCAGCGUGUCCGGCGGCAAGAUGAGCAAGAAACAGAAGGCGCUCGCCCAGGAGGAGGCCCUCCGCAGACAGCGGGAAGCCGCGAUGCGACAGCCUCCUCCGCGCCUGCCCAACCACUCGCCGCUACCCCAGAUCGACCACUUUGGUGGAGACGACGCACGACCCGAUUCCAUUGCCAUUGUCUCCAACCGAGCGGGCAACUACGGCCACAACUUCAGCCGGCCCUCGAUGGACCAGAAGAUGGUGCCGUCCAGCAACUUUAACGUGCCCGCACCGCCCAUGCCCAGCGCCUCGCCGGCCUACAUCGACUAUGACCCGUACCCGCGCACCGAGAGCAUGACCCACCGCGGCCGCUACAGCUACGCCAGCAGCGCCGUCAGUACCAUUGGCGUCAACAGCCCUCGUCGCGUGCGCAGGAGGAAGGACCCGACUCCCUUCAACAUCCUCGUCAUCGGCGCCAAGAGCUCCGGCAAAUCUUCCUUCAUCGAGUUCCUCCGUACCGCUCUCGCCUUGCCCGCGAAAAAGCGCCCGCACACCCCUUCUCCUCCGCCCUCGGCAGUUGCGCCCGAUUCGCCCUUCACCUCGCAGUAUCUCGAGACCGAAGUAGACAAUGAGCGCGUCGGCGUUACUCUGUGGGACUCUGAAGGCUUGGAAAAGAGCAUAGUCGACUUCCAGCUCCCAGUCAUCACCUCAUUCCUGGAGUCCAAGUUCGAGGACACCUUCGGCGAGGAGCAGAAAGUCGUUCGCGCGCCUGGUGUCAAGGACACUCACAUCCACUGUGUUUUCCUCAUCCUUGAUCCCGCUCGUCUUGACGCUAAUAUCGCUGAGUCGAAGAAGCCCAACAGUAACGUCAUUGGUGGUUUGAGCGAGACGCUCGAUAUCAAUGUACUCCGUGAGCUAAAGGGCAAGACGACGGUCAUUCCCGUCAUCAGCAAAGCCGACACGAUCACUACCGCGCACAUGCGCCACCUGAAGAAGCUGGUAUGGGAUACCCUCAAGCGCGCAAAGUUAGAUCCGCUUGAGGCGCUCCACCUGGACGAGGAUGACGAGGAUGGCGAGUUUGACGAACGUGACGAAGACGCGUACGUUCGCUCAGGUGACGACGGAGACUCGGAUAUUCUUAACAAGAUCAUCGACAAGUCAUCUUCAGACGAUGGCUCUGACGCCUCGUCGCACCGCUCUGGCUCACAGUCACCUCCGACGUCACCACCGAGCGCAAGGAAGAAUCACAGCAGGAAAGCGUCUACCAUGUCUGCCACGAUCGAGAAGGAAGACCCCGAAGGCCCAUUUCUGCCUUUGAGUAUCAUUUCCCCAGAUCUUUACGAGCCUGAAGUCAUCGGGCGCAAAUUUCCGUGGGGUUUCGCCGAUCCAUACAACGAAGAGCAUUGCGACUUUGUCCGCUUGAGGGAAAGCGUUUUCAGCGAAUGGCGCGCGGAGCUCCGCGAGGCAAGCAAGGAGCAGUGGUAUGAGGGCUGGAGGACGCAACGACUACAGAAAGUACCCGCUGGGCGCAGAGUCACGACGUCGGACGGACUAGCAAGCAAGCAACUCUCCGUACCUGGACAGAAUGGUCGUGCAGUCAGCGCCGGCCGAGAAGUCCGCCAACACCGCAGCACACCUUACUAGUCACGUUUCCCCCUAACACGUUUGGAGGUACGGCGCCGACCAAACAAUAACAUUGCCGAGACGAGGGAGUGCACCCGCACUCUCUUACCGCACGAUGUCACCACCGCUUCCGAAAAUCUUUCAUGUGUACGUUGUUCCUUUACUUG